AUGAUUUUCUUCAUAUCCAUCAGUUCGCUUCUCCUUUACUCCUCAAGCGGUUACUCUGACUCCACCACCGCCUUUUGCCGUUUUUCUUACAGCUCCGCCACCGCCACCGCCACCGCCACCAUCGCCGCAGCUCUCCUGCACACCUCAGCUUCUUGAACUAUUGUUAGUAUUUUGGAGCCAAACAUCGAAUAAUCUCAAACAGAAAUGCUGGAGCGUAGGUUUGAAGCAGCCCUCCUCUGUUUGAUUCUACUUUUCCGUUCGUCUUUGGUGGUGGAAUCUGCCAUUGGAGUGAACUGGGGCACGAUUUCGUUCCACAAGCUGAAACCGUCCACCGUCGUCGGUCUCCUCAAGAGCAACCGGAUAGAGAAAGUGAAACUCUUUGAUGCAGAGCCGAGUGUGCUCAAGGCUUUAAUGGGUUCUGGGAUCCAGGUUAUGGUUGGAGUCCCUAACGAGAUGCUCGCUUCCUUGAGCUCAUCCGCGCUUGCCUCUGAUCUAUGGGUUCGCCAGAAUGUGUCUUCCUAUGUUGUUAAAGGGGGCGUCGAUAUCAGGUAUGUUGCAGUAGGAAAUGAGCCGUUUCUCACCAGUUACAAUGGUCAGUUUCAGUCAUACAUCAUGCCUGCUUUGCUCAAUCUUCAACAAUCUUUAGCAAAAGCAAAUCUUGCAAGCUAUGUGAAGUUAGUUGUCCCUUGUAAUGCUGAUGCAUAUGAGUCUUCACUUCCUUCCCAGGGAACAUUCAGGCCCGAAUUGACGCAAAUUAUGACUCAACUUGUGUCAUUCCUCAACUCAAAUGGUUCACCAUUUGUUGUGAAUAUAUAUCCGUUUUUAAGCCUCUAUGGCAACUCGGACUUCCCACAAGACUAUGCAUUUUUUGAAGGGACUACCCAUGCUGUUACAGAUGGAAGUAAUGUUUACUAUAAUGCAUUUGAUGGAAACUACGACACAUUAGUUGCAGCACUCACCAAACUUGGAUACGGACAGAUGCCAAUAGUUAUAGGGGAGGUGGGCUGGCCCACGGAUGGAGCCAUGGGUGCAAAUCUCACAGCUGCGAGAGUCUUCAACCAGGGCCUGAUUAAUCAAGUUCUAAAGAACAAAGGAACUCCUUUGAGGCCAGGGGUGCCUCCUGUAGACAUCUACCUUUUCAGCCUACUUGAUGAAGGGGCUAAGAGUGUACUUCCAGGGAAUUUUGAGAGGCACUGGGGUAUUUUUUCUUUUGAUGGCCAGGCAAAAUAUCCUUUAAACCUUGGUUUGGGCAACAAGGUACUGAAAAAUGCAAAGAAUGUGGAGUAUCUUCCCUCAAGAUGGUGCGUCGCCAAUCCGUUCAGGGAUCUAACUGAUGUCACUAAUCACAUAAGGCUAGCCUGCAGCGUUGCAGAUUGCUCAACGCUCAACUAUGGAGGAUCAUGCAAUGCAAUUGGCGCGAAGGGGAAUAUUUCAUAUGCAUUCAACAGCUACUAUCAGCUCCAGAUGCAGAAUGAGCAGAGCUGUGAGUUUGGUGGCCUUGGUAUGAUCACGUUCCUAGAUCCCUCCAUUGGCCAGUGUAGGUUCCUUGUUGGCGUCACCGACAACCGUUCGUUCAGUUCUCGACCAUCAAGUGGGUUGGCACUCAUCUGGGUAUCAAUAUUAUUCGUUUUUUGGACUUUGGCAUUGUGAAAAUACAAGUCUUUUAUUUUAGGGAAUUUUCCACGGUGCAUUGAAACUGAAUCUAUUAAGAUAUGGUUGAGGUUAUAGAUAGUAAACAAUAGGCAUUAGUGUUAGAACGUUAGCAUACUAUAGCAGAUCGUUGAAGGUUAUACUGGGUUAAGUAUUCAUUUCAUUGUUCUAGAACGCAAAGUUAACCCGCUUAAGCAUAUAUGUGUUAUUCAUUCA